CCUUCCUAUCACGCGCUCACGCCCUGCCCUGCAACCGCAAACGGUUUUGCGGCAAACCACAUCCCUACCCAACCCAAGCAGAUAGCAUUCCGUCGAACACCUCACCCCCGCUCCAAUGGCAGCCACCACCACCGCAUCGCUCUCCACCCUCUCUCCCGCGGCCGGCAGGCGGUUCGCCCUCUCCUCCACGUCCCUCUCAUUCUCCUCCCACCGCCUCACCACCACCCCCGCCGUCCUCCGCCUCCGCGCCGCCGCAGCCUCGAGGACGCCGACAAGGAGGCGGGCGUCGUCCCGCAUCGCGGCGACUAUCGCGGUGGGCGACAAGCUCCCCGACGCGACGCUCUCCUACUUCGACCCGGCCGACGGGGAGCUGAAGACGGUGACGGUCUCGGACCUGACCGCGGGGAAGAAGGCCAUCCUCUUCGCGGUGCCCGGCGCAUUCACGCCGACGUGCUCGCAGAAGCACCUCCCGGGGUUCGCGGAGAAGGCCGGCGAGCUGAGGGCGAAGGGUGUGGAGACGUUGGCGUGCGUGUCGGUGAACGACGCGUUCGUGAUGAAGGCGUGGAAGGAGGCGCUGGGGGUCGGGGACGACGUGAUGAUGCUGUCGGAUGGGAACCUGGAGCUGACGCGCGCGCUGGGCGUGGAGAUGGACCUCUCCGACAAGCCGGUCGGGCUCGGGGUGAGGUCGAGGAGGUACGCGCUGCUGGCCGAGGACGGCGUCGUCAAGGUGCUCAACCUCGAGGAGGGCGGCGCCUUCACCAGCAGCAGCGCCGAGGACAUGCUCCAGGCGCUCGGGUGAGCAGGUUGAUCAAGUCCAGUCGUCGUCGCUCAGGGCGUCUCCUCCUCCUCCUUCCACUCGUGAAGUAAAGUAGUAGAGAAUAAGAAUCGGGAGCAUGUCUCCGUUGAUGCGAGCGCAGUGUCGCCGCUGUGAAGAGGAAUUUUUUUUCCCUUUUUGUUCGUCGCGUCCAAUGUGUUCGAGAACGUGUUUCUUCUUGUUAGUUGUUACCCUUCGCAGAAAUGCGGAUUGCAUGAUGAAUAGUAUGUGCGUGCCAUGGCAGAAACCAGGAGAGAUUUACUGCCGAA